GGAUCCCUGCAGGAUCACUUAUGAACGGGCGUUUGUCUUUGACCGGAAUGCCUGUGGCUUUCAGAGCAGCUGUGUGGAGAUGGAAGUGAGGAAGUCAACCUGCCCACCUUCAAUAUGAGCGCGUAAAAGUGACUCUGGGGCGAUUAAAUAACAGUUUAUGAUCUUAGAGAACUAUAACCAGCGCCACAGGAUACGAAGUGAUUUCCCCCCAGGAUACACGCGUUUUUCGGACGCAUCCCGUGCGCGUACAAGCGCAGACGCGCCGCUGGAGAGCCGCGUGACCGUUGCGCGCUCCGAGAAGACCAGGACUUUGCGUUGACAAAACACAUCGUCAUGUCAGCAUGAGUUAGGCGAAUCACUUUCACCCACUCGAGAAAGCACUUUUAACGCGUUUUAUUUGUACAAAAGGAGUCCUCAACUGGAAGUUUCCACCUCGUGUCCACUGGGACACGAGGACGCAUGGAGGAUCCAGAGUAAGGGUGCUCGAAGGAUGCCGUCCUGUCCCGGAUCCAGGACAUCUGACUGCUGGAUGCUGCGGUUUGUCCAUCACAUUUGAGCGAUGGCUUCUGAGGUUGUGUGUGGUCUGAUCUUCAGAGUGCUGUUGCCAGUGUGUCUGGCGGCAGCAUGUCUGUUCAGGUACAAUGUACUGUCCUUCGUCUACCUUGUCUACCUCCUCCUCAUCCCUCUCUUCCCAGAACCCUCCAGCAUAACCAUGCAAGGCCACACAGGGCACUUGCUGAUGUCUUUAUGCUUCUGCAGUAUGUCCUUCCUCUUCAUCCACAUCAUCUAUCAAAUCACAAUCCACAGUUUGCUGGCUGGAAACACUAUCGAUUCUGGGUUCAACUGUUCAAGUUGGGAGAAGUCAAUACGACAGAUUGGUUUCGAGAGUGUUAUUGGUGCAGAUGCAGGCAAUGGUAUCCGAGUUUUCCUCCCGGAUAUCGGGAUGUUCAUGGCGAGCCUGUCCGUGUGGCUGCUGUGCAGAAAGCUGGUCCACAAGCGGCCGAGUGAGGAGAUGGCUCAGGACAACCACGACUUUGAGCACGAGGAGAAGGAGGAGAUUGACGAGAAGGUGGAACAUGAUGACAAUGACCACGAUGAUGAUGAUGAUGAUGAUGAUGAUAAUGAUGAUGACGAAAUGCUGUAUGAUGAGGACUUUGAUGCAGAAGAUGAGGCAGAGGAAGAGGAGGGGGACGGCGAAGGCGAAGGCGUGGAUGAGGAAGAGGAGGAGGAGGAAGAGGUGCAGGAGAGCACAAAGAUGAAGAUUCUGCGCAGAGUAGCAGGAGUGGCAAAUAAACUCAAAGAUAUCAUCGGUAACCUCAUCACAACCGCUGGACAAGUGGUGGUUACCAUUCUACUGGGAUUAACAGGUAUCAUGCUCCCCUCUCUGACGUCAGCCGUCUACUUCUUUGUGUUCUUGGGUCUGUGCACGUGGUGGUCGCUCUGCAAGACCUUCGACAAGCUCCUCUUCAGCUGUCUGUGUGUUCUCAUGGCCAUCUUCAGUGCUGGGCAUCUACUUGUACUUUAUUCCAACCAGUUCCAGUUCCUCCAGGAGGCCAUCAGGCCCAACGACAGCUACGUCAGUGUGUUUGGUAUCUCCUCCAUCAUUCAAACCGACUGCUCCUCAACCUGGAAGCUCGCUGUCAACAGUGGUCUGAAAUGGCACCAUUUUGUCAAUCCCAUCAUGCUCUUGGUCCUGUACUACACACUGGCCACCUUGAUCCGUCUGUGGCUGCAAGAUCCCAUGAUCAUGCAGGAGAGUGAGGAAGAGGAGAUAAAGGAGGGAAAUGAGACGGCGGGAAACAGCAUCAGUCACAUAUUGAGCCGGAAGCGGCUGCUCUGGUGGAAAGCCCAUCAGAAGACUGAGGAAAGAAAUCUCAUCUCCACCCUGGAUGGGUACAGCACCUCAGAGGUGGUAGUGGUUAACUCCAAUGGGACGUCGUUUGACUAUGUGUCAGCCGUGCCCAUUGAGAACGGACCGGUCAGUCUGGACAUAUACUCCACUCCUCAGUACAAAGUGGAUCAGCCUGUAGAAUCUGAAGAGAAGAUGGAUGAGAACACAAAUGAGAUUGUGGAUUUACCGCUAGAGGAGGAAGAGGAGAAGACAGAUGAGAAAGAGGAAGAGGAAGAGGAAGAGGAAGAAAAGGGCGGACCACCAGGUGCUCUCGUAAAAGUGUUCAAGUUCAUCAUGAAGCAGAGCUACAUCUGUGCUCUUAUUGCUAUGAUGGCAUGGAGUAUAACGUACGUUAGCUGGCCGACAUUCGUCUUUCUGCUCUGGUCCUGUUCUCUCUGGAUGGUGCGAGACAGGAGGAAGUACGCCAUGCUGACCUCACCGUUCAUGGUGGCCUAUGGGAACCUCCUGUUGGUCCUUCAGUAUAUCUGGUGUUUUGAGCGGUUAAAUCCAGUGCCUGGUUUCUUUCUGAAGAUGGAUAUACCCUUCACUGAACUGAGCUCAAAGAUUCUGUGUCAGCUGAGUUUCUGGCUGCUGCUCAGACAAUCUUUGAUGGAGAAACAAGCGAAGAUGGAAGAGGAAGCAGCGCUUUGUGAUGUCAAAGUAGAUGAGCAGAAAAAAGGUGGUUCAUUAGAAUCUAUAACAAAGGAAGAAAAGGACAAAGAGGAAGAAGAAGGGGACGAAAACGACUUGAUGCAUGUGGUGGGGAAACUAGUGAUGGCUCUGAUGGUGAAAUACUGGAUCUAUAUCUGUGGAGGAAUGUUCUUCUUCGUCAGCUUUGAGGAAGGCAAGAUGGUCAUGUACAAGAUCAUCUACAUGAUGCUGUUUCUCUCCUGCGUGGCUCUUUACCAGGUGCACUAUGAAUGGUGGCGCAGGAUCCUGAAGUACUUUUGGAUGUCUGUGGUGGUUUACACUAUGCUAGUGCUCAUCCUAAUCUACACCUGUCAGUUUGAGAACGCCAUCGCUACCUGGACCAGUAUGACAGGCAUUAAAAAGGAGGGAUUGAAGGAUAUCGGUCUGGAGAAGUUUACCGUCGCUGACUUGUUCACCCGUAUCUUCAUCCCCACGUCCUUCCUGCUGGUGUGCAUCCUGCACCUGCAUUACUUCCACGAACCUUUCCUGCAGCUCACGGAUCUCAAAGCAGUGAUCAGCAAAGAGGAGAGCACCAUUUACAGACUGGUUCAUCCAGAUGGGAGUCUGGCCGAUCUGACGAUGAUGAGCACGUCUCCAGAGCCACUGCUGAAGGAGGAGAAGGAGAAAGAGUCCAUGAAUGAGGUGCUGGUCGUGGACUGUGUGGAAGAGGAGAAGAAGAAAGAGUCUUUAUCCAUCCAUUCAACUCAUCUGUCCAGUCAGGAGGAUAUUCAGCAGAUCAGUGCCGCCACAGAUCCAGAACUGCCAUCAGAACAGAGCUCAGACCUCAAGAAUAAAUGGCACUUGGUGUUGGACCGGCUCACAGUCCUGUUCCUCAAGUUCCUGGAGUACUUCCAUAAGCUGAAGCUCUUCAUCUGGUGGCUGCUCGAGAUGCACAUCAUCAAGAUCGUCUCCACCUACAUCAUCCUGCUGUCCAUCAAAGAGGUCUCUCUGCUGAACUAUGUGUUUUUGAUCUCAUGGGCGUUUGCGCUGCCAUAUAAGCAGUAUCGAGUUCUUGCAUCUAGCGUCUGCACCGUAUGGACGUGUGUUAUCAUCGUCUGCAAGAUGUUUUACCAGCUAGAGACCAUCAAACCCUCAAACUACUCAAUCAAUUGUACUAUGCCCCACAACUACACAGAGGAGAAAAAGAAAUACAUGAAUCAGUCCCUACUGUACAAGGGUCCUAUAGAUCCUGCCAAAUGGGUCGGCCUGGAGAAGUCUAAACCUGAAGCCUUACUGGUUUACCUGAGGAAUAACUUGUUGAUGUUGGCCAUCUUGGCAUUCGAGGUCACCAUUUACAGACAUCAGGAGUUUUUCCGUUUGAGAAACAAACUUUCUCCUCCUCCCUCUCGAACUAUCUUUCACGACAUCACCCGACAACAUCUCGACAAUGGAAUCAUCAAUUGUGUCAAAUACUUCAUAAAUUAUUUCUUCUACAAGUUUGGUUUAGAGGUGUGUUUCCUGUUGGUGAUCAAUGUAAUGGGUCAGCGGAUGGAUUUCUACUCCAUGCUGCACGGGUUUGCUCUGGCUGUGGUGAUGUACAGACGUCGGAGGAAAGCCAUCGCAGAGAUAUGGCCCAAAUACUGCUGCUUCCUGGCCUGUAUGAUGACCUUCCAGUAUUUCAUUUGCAUUGGAAUCCCACCGGCUGCUUGUAAAGAUUAUCCCUGGAGGUUUCCCAGCAGCACAACGGAUUCUAAUGUCAUUAAAUGGCUUUACCUCCCUGAUUUCCACACUCAACCUAACUCCAUGUUCCUCACCUAUGAUUUCAUGCUGCUGCUGUGUGCGUCGCUGCAGAGACAGGUGUUUGAUGAAGAAAACAAAGCGGCCGUUCGCCUGAUGGCUGGAGAUAACGUGGAGAUCUGCCGAGACCUGGACGCUGCAUCGUUCAGUAUUCACAAUCCAGUACCGGACUUCAUUCACUGCAGGUCGUACCUGGACAUGCUGAAGGUGAUCAUGUUUAGCUACCUGUUCUGGUUCGUCCUGACCAUCAUCUUCAUCACGGGCACGACUCGGAUCAGCAUCUUCUGCAUGGGUUACCUAGUGGCGUGUUUCUACUUCCUGCUCUUUGGGGGCGAUCUCUUACUCAAGCCAAUCAAGAAGAUCCUCCGUUACUGGGACUUCCUCAUAGCUUACAACCUUUUCGUCAUCACAAUGAAGAACGUCUUUGCUAUUUUGGCGUGUGGUUAUAUCAAAUCUUUGGUGAAGAACAGCUGCUGGUUAAUUCAGCUGCUCAGUCUCGCCUGCACCAUAAAAGAAUACAAAGGUCUACAAGAACUGUCUUCAGACCUGCCUAAAGACUCGUCUUCACCUAAAUGUGAGCUGCCGCAGGAUGAGGCCGGGAUCAUCUGGGACAGUAUCUGCUUUACGUUCCUCCUGCUGCAGAGACGUGUCUUCAUGAGCUACUACUUCCUGCAUGUGGUCGCAGACAUCCGCGCCGGACAGAUUCUCGCAUCUCGAGGUGCCGAGUUGUUCCAGGCCAGCAUCGUGAAGGCUGUGAGAGCUCGUCUGGAGGAGGAGAAGAGAUCCAUGGAGCAGCUUAAGAGACAGAUGGACCGUAUUAAGACGCGGCAGCAGAAGUUCAAGAGAGGGAAGGAAAAGAUGCUCAGCAUGGCUCAGGUGUCCGGAGAGGAGCAGAAACUCAUCCCACCUGACGAAAACGAUGAAAAUGAAGAUGAUGAGAGAAAGAAAAACAAGGUGCAAAAAAAGCAGUGGUGGAGGCCUUGGGUUGAUCAUGCGUCCAUGGUUAGAAGUGGUGAUUAUUACCUGUUUGAAACUGACAGUGAAGAGGAAGAGGAAGAUGAUGAGAAAAAAGAUGAAGAACCACCCAAGAGAUCAGCCUUUCAUCGAGCCAUCAGAAAGUUUGCUUCAGCCCUCAUGGCUUUACCCAGAUCAGUCAUUAAACUGCCCAAAACUGUUCUGCAGUAUUUAAUCAGGGCGGCCAAGUUUGUGUAUCAUACCUGGAUCACUGACUCUAAAGCAGCCCUGAAGGAAAGAGGCAAAGGGAGCCGUUAUUUCUGGAAGCGAUACGGUCGCAGGCACAGAAAAGACAAAAAAGAAGGUCAUGUGGCGAUAGAAGUCGGUGAAGAAGAACGUCAGAGUUCAGAGGAAGAGAAAACGGACGGACCAGACAACAUCAUCAAGAGGGUCUUCAACAUCAUCAAGUUCACCUGGGUGCUGUUUCUGACCACUGUCGAGAGCAUCACAAAGUGGCUGAACUCCGUCUGCAGAGAAUACAUCGACAUCUCCACCGUCCUGCGCAUCGAGCGCUGUAUGCUGACUAGAGAAGUCAAAAAGGGAAACGUGCCGUCCCGUGGGAGCAUCCAUGUGUACUACCAGAAGCAGAUAAAACUGUCUGGAUCUCGUGAAUCUGGACUGGAUCGCAUCAGCGAGGAGGAUUCGGGCUCAUACAGAGCCCGCCGCAGACGGGUCGGACACAGUCUGGAUUCCUUCGCCUCCAGAGACAGCAUGUCCAGCGCAUACACCGAAGCCACCAUGCUGUUUUCCCGCCAGUCCACCUUGGACGACUUGGACGACAUGCCUCAGAAUAUUCCCAAAACCAGCGAACGGGCUCGUCCCAAACUGCGCAAAAUGUACGGAUUGGAUAUGUCCAACUCCUCGGCGGACAGUGGAAGCAGCGUCAUGUCCAGUGAAGCCACUCAGUGCGUAACGCUGUUCUCUCGACAAGGCACCAACGACACCAUAGACGAGGCUGAGGACGAGCGAGACCAGGUGGAGGACAAGAAGGAAACGGCAGAGCCGGGGCACCGAGUCAGUGAGGAAGCAGAUCAUGAGGAAGUGAUGCUGGAAGAGACGGCUGAGGAAGUGGAAGAGGAAGUCCAAUGGGAUUUGGUAGAUCCAGAGGAAGCAGUCGAAGAUGUUCAGGUUCCUCAGCUGGAGAGUGACGAGCACCAAAAGGAAGAGCAGUGUGUUACUGAAGAUGAGGAGGGAGAACAGCCUUUCCAACAGGACGAAAGUGAAUCAUCAGGACCGGAGAACGUGCAAACAGAUGUGGUCAGCGGGCAGCUUAUUACUCCAGACACAGACGCGCCCAACACCUCAGACGCUGACGUGCCGCCCAGCUACAGCAAAGCCGUGAGCUUCGACCGUCUCUCUGUGAGCGACGAAAGUGACAGUGAUAAACGGCUGAUGGUGAUGACACCCGACAGCAGAUCCGAUCUGGACGACCCUCUGCUGCCCUCCACGACCACUGAGCUGACCGCCAGCGAAUUGCUGCUCAACAAAAUGUUCUACGAUGAGGAACUGGAGAACUCUGAGAGUUUCUAUAAAUCCCAGCCGCUGGGCCUGCAGCUGUGUUAUGCUCUCUAUAACCUGCUGGUGGCGCACUCUGAGAUGGUCUGUUACCUGGUCAUCAUCCUCAACCACAUGAUCUCGGCUUCCAUGGCGACGCUGGUGCUGCCCAUCCUCAUCUUCCUGUGGGCCAUGCUCUCUGUUCCGCGGCCCAGCAAGCGUUUCUGGAUGACGGCCAUCGUGUACACAGAGGUCACCAUCGUCAUCAAGUACUUCUUCCAGUUCAGCUUUUUUCCAUUCAAUCAGAAUGUGGAAUUCAGCAGGACGAAGCCGUACCAUCCGCCUAACAUCCUCGGUAUAGAGAAGAAAGAUGGAUACGUGCUCUAUGACCUUCUGCAACUGCUGAUGCUGUUUUUCCACAGAUCCAUACUAAAGUGUCACGGUCUCUGGGAUGAAGACGAUCCUAAAAUGUCCCAAAAGGAUGCGUGUCUUCAUGAGGACGAGCCUGUGGAUGAGGGGAAGAUGGCAGUCGAGAUUCCAGCUGAGGAAGAGAAGAGUUUCCCAGCGUACUCUCUGAAGUCCAUGAACCUCGGCAUGUCCAUGGACUCAUCCCAGGUGCUCAUGCAAGUGCGUUAUCCUGAGCAUCGGCCUCAUCUGCGGCGGCAGAGCACCAGCGGCGGAUCUCACCUCUCCCGACGCUCCUCUGUGCGCUCCAAGCGUGGCAGCACGAGCACACGGAACAGCAUUCGUAGAGAAAACAGUGAGCCAGAAGUGCCGCAGAAGAGCCGGAAAGAAUUGAUUAUGGAGAAGGUCCGAGAGCAGCUCAUCAAAGCAAAGGUUUACCUGCUCAAAAAACUGGUCAAGAUCUAUCAGCCCAUCCGUCAGUUCUACUAUAACCUGAUCCAUCCCGAGUACAACGCAGUGACGGAUGUUUACGUCUUCAUGUUUCUAGCAGACACCGUUGAUUUCAUCAUUAUAGUCUUUGGCUUCUCUGCAUUUGGGAAACAUCAGGGAGGUGAUAUCACGUCCUCCCUGUCUGAAGACCAAGUUCCCGGGCCGUUCCUCGUCAUGGUUCUCAUCCAAUUCAGCACGAUGGUGGUGGAUCGCGCUCUGUACCUCCGCAAGACAGUGACGGGAAAAGUGAUUUUCCAGGUCGUCCUGGUGUUUGGCAUCCAUUUCUGGAUGUUUUUUAUCCUACCGGCAAUCACAGAGAGGCGCUUCGGUCAGAACACUAUCGCUCAGCUGUGGUACUUUGUGAAAUGCAUUUACUUCGGCCUGUCAGCGUAUCAGAUCCGAUGUGGAUAUCCGACUCGCAUACUGGGAAACUUCCUCACCAAGAGCUACAACUACCUCAACCUCUUCCUCUUCCAGGGAUUUCGUCUGAUCCCGUUUUUGACGGAGUUGCGAGCCGUGAUGGAUUGGGUGUGGACGGACACGACGCUCAGUUUGUCUAGCUGGAUCUGUGUGGAGGACAUCUAUGCACACAUCUUCAUCCUAAAAUGCUGGAGGGAGUCUGAGAAGCGAAACCCUCAGCCGCGCGGGCAGAAGAAGAAGAAGGUUGUGAAGUAUGGAAUGGGCGGCAUGAUCGUGAUGCUUCUGAUUUGCAUCGUUUGGUUCCCGCUGCUCUUCAUGUCUCUGGUCAAAUCUGUGGCAGGAGUGGUCAACAGUCCGCUGGAUGUGUCCAUCACGCUCACGCUCGGAGGACUUCAGCCAAUCUUCACAAUGAGCGCCCAGCAGAACCAUAUAAAAAACGUCAGUGAGGAAGAAUUUAAAAAGUUCACAGAUGUCUACAUCAAUGAUGCAAAUGCCAUGAUGUUCCUGGAGUCUUAUACUCAUGAGGAUUUGAGAAUAGCAAAACUAGAAGGAAGUUCCAACUCGCUCUGGACCAUCAGCCCCCCGAGCAAGGAGAACCUCAUUAAAAUGCUUAAUGAGAGUAAUUUCCCUCUCACCAUAGCCUGGUCCAUACAGAGGAACCUCAGUUUAGGUGCCAAAGCUGAAUUUGCGACAGGAAAACACUCCAUUGACCUGGAUAAAGAAACCACAGAUAAACUAAAGGAACAACUCAGAGAUGAUGACAAUACAACGACUGAAGAAGUUCCAGUGCUCAUCAAAAAUAUUUUUCCAAGAUACAUCAGAGCACCAAGCGACUCUAAUGCCAAGCCUAUUGACCAGCUUUACCACGGUAGUGCACAAGAGAAACGUUACAUGGACAUCAAUGUCUCUUUACAUAAGAACAGCAAAAACAGCUUGGAGGGUGUUCAGGAGUGGUGGAUUGUGAAUCAGACAGAACGAGGGCUGUUAACUUCAUUCACGAAUAAAAACGAAUCUGGUCUGGAGAUCUACAUCUUCAGUGACCAAGUCAGUCCACCCAGUCUAGGCUUUCUGGCUGGUUAUGGGAUCAUGGGUCUGUACAUGUCGGUGGUUCUGGUUAUCGGAAAGUUCGUGCGAGAGUUCUUCAGCGGGAUCUCGCACACCAUCAUGUUCGAAGAGCUGCCCAACGUGAACCGAAUCCUCAAGCUCUGCACCGACAUCUUCCUGGUCCGAGAGACAGGCGAACUGGACCUGGAGGAAGACCUCUACGCCAAGCUCAUCUUCCUCUACCGCUCUCCAGAAACCAUGAUCAAAUGGACCAGAGAGAAGAGCGAGUGAAGAUGAGGACGGUGACCUUCGGAGUAACUCCAAACUAACCCUGAGAAGCACAAAGCAGGAAUUGAGCUUCGGUCGGAUUGAACCGGAGAACCGUUGUUCUUCAUGCUAACUGAUGAAACAUUAGCGGUUAUGAUGUGUGGUUUUCACCCACUCGCUAGUGUUUUAAAGGGCUUGACAAGUGAUGAAUUUCAGGGCUUCCAGGCAUGCGCCACUUUGAAUACGACUUUGACCAUUGGGAGUGCAUGCGACAUGAGGGCGGACAUAACGAGAGGAAAUGCUGAACCUACUUUAGACUUCGGCUUGAUUUUUAACGUCUUUGUGAAUUCUGAAAAGGACAAAAACGGUUUUGCAGGAAGCAGAACCAAAGCCCUAUAGGAGGCGCUGUGAAUUAUGGGACAAUCUCUAUUUGCCUUAUUUAAUUUGUACAAUCAACUAAACGCAUCAUUAUUCACUACCUUUCUCAGGAAUACAUACGGAUCAUUUCAAAAACGAAGGGAUAUCAACCAUUUUUCUCAUGUACAACAAAGUAUGAAGAGGGACGUACACAGCAGUAAUAGCUUUUCUCCUUUGGGACUUUAAGGAGAUCAUCUAUAAUUUAUGAACACAGAUUUGGGACAUAAAAAGGACGUUUGGUGUUUUAUAAUGGUGUUUGGAAUUAUAAUGAUUUUUUCAUAACUAAGGGAGAUUAUCACAUUACAUUAACAAUGAAUCAGUUUCAGCAACUUUGUGUUAGUGUAUUGUUUCGUUAUUGCCUAAUUUUAAUGAAUUUUGAAUGUUUCUGUAUGCAUUUCUUUGUAAAUUGAACUGAUUUUCUGAAUGAUUUACUGUACACAGGAAUUUGUUCAGAAUGAACUUUGAAUGUUUCUGUGUACAUUUUCUCAUAAAUCAAAGUGAUUUUAUGAAUGAUUUACACAGAAAUUUGUUCAGAACGAAUUUUGAAUGUAAUUCUGUGUAUAUUUCUUAAUAAAUCCAAGUAAAUUUUAAGAAUUAUUUACACAGAAAUUUGUUCAGAACAAAUUUUGAAUGUUUUUGUGCACAUUUCUUCAUAAAUUCAAUUGAUUUUAUGAAUUAUUUACACAGAAAUUUGUUCAGAACGAAUUUUGAAUGUAAUUCUAUGUGCAUUUCUUCAUAAAUCCAAGUGAUGUUAUGAAUUAUUUACACAGAAAUUUGUUCCGAACGAAUUUUGAAUGUUUUUGUGCACAUUUAUUCGUAAAUUCAAUUGAUUUUAUUAAUUAUUUACACCAAAAUUUGUUCAGAACAAAUUUUGAAUGUAAUUCUGUGUAGGUUUCUUAAUAAAUCCAAGUCAAUUUUAGUAAUUAUUUACACAGAAAUUUGUUCAGAACGAAUUUUGAAUGUUUUUGUGCACAUUUCUUUGCAAAUUCAAUUGAUUUUAUUAAUUAGUUACACAGAAAUCUGUUCAGAACUAGUUUUGAAUGUAAUUCUGUGUAUAUUUCUUCAUAAAUCCAAGUGAUGUUAUGAAUUAUUUACACAGAAAUUUGUUCCGAACGAAUUUUGUGCACAUUUAUUCGUAAAUUCAAUUGAUUUUAUUAAUUAUUUACACCAAAAUCUGUUCAGAACUAAUUUUGAAUGUAAUUCUGUGUACAUUUCUUAAUUAAUCCAAGUAAAUUUUAGGAAUUAUUUACACAGAAAUUUGUUCAGAAUGAAUUUUGAAUGUAAUUCUGUGUGCAUUUCUUCAUAAAUCCAAGUGAUGUUAUGAAUUAUUUGCACAGAAAUUUGUUUGGAAUGAAUUUUGAAUGUUUCUUUGUACAUUUAUUCAUAAAUCAAUGUGCUUCUUUGAAUGAUUUACACAGAAAUUUGUUCAAAUGUGUGCAUAAAUUCAUGGAAUAUGAGCAAAAGGAAUUUCUGUGCAAAUUGUUUGCUAAGUGUUACUUUUUCACAAUGCAACAAUUACUUAAAAUGAUUUGCCAAUAUUUUAAACAAAAAUUUGUUCCAGUCAUUGGGUUUCAGUCAGGAAACGUCAGCAUUUUAGGUUAGUUCUGCUUUUAGUUGAAACAUUUGAUAUGUGGUGAAAGUGAAUAAUAAAUAUUAGUUAUUAACAGCUAGACUACAUCCUUGAAGGCAUGAGAGAUUCGCAGAUCACUACAGUAGAGAUAUUACGCUUCGCCAGGCCUGGGAGUUGUGCUCGUCAGAAAGUUGUUUGUACAUGGGGAAUAACCUGACUCACAUUUGUACUACGUACUUUGAGCAAUACGACAGGCGGGGUGACCGUAAAGGACAUGAAAUCCAUUUUUAUUGUACACCUUUGGCAGCCAUACUCAGGAAAGAGCUUUCUAUGGAUCAGGGUCUCAUGGAAAUACAUGUGGAGUCUCAGCUAGGCUGUAGAUUUACAAUCGGAUCAUGUAUGAUAUGACUACCGACGUGAGCUCCACGCUGCGGAUCGUGUUGUGGUGAUGCUUGAGGAGAACUGAAUAUUGUUUUGAGUCCAUCUCUGAACUAUGCAUUAAAGACAAUGUAGCAUGAAUGAAAAAAUAAUGUUUGACAUGAAACGCUUUCAUUACCUUAUGUGUGCAGAACUUUUACAGCAACAUCAAAACAUGGGAGGAAAUAAAACUGUACCUGAACGAAACAGGAAAUGGGAGUUUAUUGACAUCAAAUAAAGCACACGAUUAAAGGACUUUAAAGUCUUUUG